AUGCUCCGAGAGCUCGAGCAGCUUCAGGGAGAGGUCCGAAUGCCCGCCAUCGCGGUCCAUCGGCAGACCGUCGUCUUCAGGCACGCAGUCGCGCCCAAGAACCACCACCGUGCCACGGAGCCGCCGUCGAAGCAACGAGCGCCCGCCGCCGCAGAAGGAACGCCCGUCCGAGGCCUCCCUUCGUUCCUCGAGGACGCCAAGACGGCGGCGGUCAGGAGAUCCUCUGGGCCCGCCACAGUUCAACGUGCGACGCCUCGAGCCGGCCUUGUCUCCGCCAGAACUUCGGUGGGAGACCGCGGACAUCCCGGCAGUGGCCUGCCGGCUGCACCCGAGGUGCUGUCGCCGCGCUUGACCAUACCCAGCUUUUUCGAGCAACCCCCGACGCCCGACGUUCUGGAGGUGCGUCGGCCCGCCGACGCUGCGCCCAGCGAGGCUGUCCGAUCCGCGGUAGCCAAGGCCGAGGGAGGCGAAUGCUGCGAAGCGGCCUUCUCGAGUGUUCUGUCGGUGCGCUCCCUGCUCCAGGUGGAGGACCCCGACGUCAGCAACAGGCAGCCGGAAGACAGGGAAGAAGGCUCGGCGCAGUUCGUGCUGUCCAUGGUGGGCAAGAUGGCCGUGUUGCUGGCGUGCUGGUACCUGUUCCUCGUCUCGCUGGACCUGCUGAGCUCGGCCUUCAAGCUCUUCGCCGGACACCGGUCGUCCACCCGGGGCCCCAAGAGCGACGUGAUCCGCAAUCCCGUCGUGGGCAUCAUGACGGGCCUGCUCGUCACCGUGCUCGUGCAGAGUUCGUCAUCGUCCACCUCUAUCACCAUCACCUUGGUCGGAUCCCAGCUGUUGAGCGUGAAGCAGGCCAUACCGAUCGUGAUGGGCGCCAACCUGGGCAGCUCUGUGACGAGCAGCGUGGCCGCGCUCUCUCAGGUGACACGACGUGACGAGUUGCGGAAAGCGUUCGCCGUGGCCACUGCGCACGGCCUCUUCAACUGGCUCACGCUCGUCGUGCUGCUGCCCUUCGAGGUCACCUUCGCGUUCUUAGAAUCGUCAUCGCGAAUGGCAGUGGAGGCCCUGGACCGCAAGCACCGUCUGCUCCGGUACAACCACCUGCGUGCGCUCACUCGGCCGCUCACCAGUUUCAUCAUUCAGCUCGAAGAAGCGAAGCCUCCGCAAAAGAUGACCUCCGAGCACAGCGACGGCCUCGUGAUAAACACAGUCCGCACCUGCUGCGCCUUCAACGGGAGCCGCUGCGUGAGACCCUGCCAGAACGCGCUGGCACGGCUGCAGCUGAGCGACCAGACUGCCGGCCUCGUGCUGCUCUUCUUCUCGCUGCUGCUUCUGCUCGGCUGCCUGAGCCUUCUGGCACGCACGCUCAGUCCCGCACUGCGGCUGCAGGUGGCCCUGUCUCGGGUACCGCAGGUAAAGGAAACACAAUAA